AACUACAGAGAAGCUUCCGACAGUAACCGUGACCCUCACAAACAAGAUUGGACUGUUGGUUUGACGUGAGAAGUGAAAGGUGACAGGUGCCAGUCAAGGAAUCAAGGCAGUCGAGCAGGUUGAGAAAAAGAAGGAGUGGGGGAAAGAGAGAAAGUCACAAUGACGUCCUCCUCCCAUCAACCAUCAACGUCACCGCCCUGGAAUCUGCCGCGGCCUGCGCUCCCAGCCAGAUCUAUAAACCAUUCGACCAUGGAUUCUCUUCUUAUGAACGCUUCAAUUCAGCAUCUAUAUUCGCGACAUUCUCUGCGAGCUCAAUCACCAUGACAGGUCACACCAGAAAGCACAAGGUCGCCGUGGUCGGCUCAGGAAACUGGGGCUCGACCAUCGCCAAGAUCAUCGCCGAAAACACCCAAGAGCACCCUGACCUCUUCGAAGAGGAGGUGCGCAUGUGGGUCUUUGACGAAGACAUUGAGAUCCCAGAGUCCUCCAAGCACCACAGCAAACUGGGCGGCCAGAAACGCAAACUCACCGAGGUGAUCAACCAAGUCCACGAGAACGUGAAGUACCUGCCGGACAUCGCCCUGCCGGAGAACGUGGUAGCGGACCCGGACCUCAAGUCCACCGUCAAGGAUGCCACGCUGCUCGUCUUCAACCUGCCGCACCAGUUCAUCGGCAAGACGCUCGACGGGAUCGCGGGCAACAUCCUGCCCUACGCGCGCGCCGUCUCCUGCAUCAAGGGGGUCGAUGUCUCCGAUGGGACGGUUACACUGCACUCGGAGCUGAUCAUGGAGCGGCUGGGGAUCUACUGCGGGGCGCUGUCGGGGGCUAACAUCGCGCCCGAGGUCGCCGCGGAGAAGUUCUGCGAGACGACCAUCGGCUACGAUGUGCCGCCGAUGGACCUGAAGCAGCAGGAUGACUCGGAGGAUGCCAACCUGAUCAAGAUCGACGAGCAGCGGCAGUGCAAGACGAAACCGACGCACGUCAAGCUCACCCCCGUGCCGCCAGACCUGCCGCACGUCGGCGCCGAGCUGCUCGAGACGCUGUUCGCGCGGCCCUACUUCCACGUGCAUCACGUGCGCGAUGUCGCCGGCGUGGCGCUCGGCGGCGCGCUGAAGAAUAUCAUCGCCCUCGCGUCGGGCUUCGUGGCCGGCAAGGGCUGGGGCGAGAAUGCCAAGGCCGCCAUCAUGCGCGUCGGCGUCCUCGAGAUGGUCAAGUUUGGCCGCACCUGGUUCCCCAAGUCCGUCGAGGAGCGGACGUUCACCGAGGAGAGCGCCGGAAUGGCCGACCUGGUCUCCUCCUGCAAUGCCGGUCGGAAUUACCGGUCGGCCUGCCACGCGGUUGAGCAGGGGGUCAGUGUCAAGGAGAUCGAGGAGAAGGAGCUUAAUGGACAGAAGCUGCAGGGCACGUCCACCGCGUACGAUGUCUAUGAGUUCCUCGAGAAGCAGGGCAAGCUCAAGGAAUUCCCCUUGUUCGUCGCAGUUCAUGAUAUCCUCGAGGGCACUGCCAAGGUGGAAGAUCUUCCAGCAUUGAUUGGGGGGAGAAAUAAGAUUGAGGGCUAGGGUGGUUUGAAACCACUGGAUCAUGAUAGACGUAACGUUAACGAAUAUAAAACCGAUGAUUUGAGACCGU